AUGUGUAUGCGAGCGACCCCACGGCACUAGCGUGCGCGGUCCUUCAAGCACUCGCGAGAAGCGGAACAAUAAUCAGUGACAAGGAGGUCAAAGUUCGUCUCUCCAUCAAACCUCCUGGUUACUCUGGCUAAAGAUGGCGAAUGUGGCGCUCGAGUUUAAGGCGUCUGCCGGGGACUCCGAGCCGCAGAAUCGCCCGAUUUUAAUCAUCGGCCAACUGGGCAACCUGCAGCAGCUGAACUGGACACAAGUGAAGGGCAAGCUGCAGCCGGCCGUCACCAAAGAGGUAUGGCAGUCAGCUCUGGGCCUCCUGAAGCCCAACCCCACAGACAGCUGCCCUCUGUAUCUGGGCCAUGCGGUGGUAGCCUCCCUGCCGGCGCGGGUCAGCCGCCACAACAGCCCCUCCGCCGCCCACUUCCUCAGCCGCCUGGUCCGCACGUGCCUGCCCACCGCCGGGAACACACGCUGCAUCCUGGUGGUGUGUGAGCGCUCAGAUGUGUUUGCCUCGGCGUGUGCCGUCUCUCGGGCCUUCCCUGUCUUCACUCGCCGCUCCUCUUCCUCACGGCGGGCGGAGAAGAAGCAGGUUACCGUGGAGUUUAUCACCGUUGGCAACAACAACGGCCCUCUGGAUUCCAGCACCCUGAAGUGUCUGAAUAAUGCAGCAGACGGUGUGAGAUUGGCUGCACGGAUCGUGGACACACCCUGCAGUGAGAUGAACACUGAUCACUUCCUGGAGGAAAUCCGUGCUGUUGGGCAGGAGCUGGGUAUCACCCCCACCAUCAUCCGUGGAGAGGAGCUCAAGCAGAAGGGCUUUGGAGGGAUCUAUGGAGUGGGCAAGGCAGCGGAGCACCCCCCUGCCCUGGCUGUGCUAAGCCACACCCCCUCAGCCGCCACUCAAACCAUUGCCUGGGUGGGGAAGGGCAUAGUCUACGACACCGGAGGACUCAGCAUCAAGGGCAAGACCACCAUGCCAGGAAUGAAGAGAGACUGUGGAGGAGCAGCGGCCAUCUUGGGAGCCUUUAAGGCUGCGGUGAAACAGGGCUUUAAGGAUAACCUGCACGCUGUGUUCUGUCUGGCUGAGAAUGCUGUGGGUCCGACUGCCACCCGCCCCGAUGACAUCCACACACUCUACUCUGGAAAGACCGUGGAGAUCAAUAACACAGAUGCUGAGGGUCGUCUGGUGCUGUCUGAUGGGGUGGUGUACGCCAGCAAGGACCUCACAGCUGACAUCAUCCUGGACAUGGCCACUCUCACAGGAGCUCAGGGCAUCUCCACGGGGAAGUACCACGCCGCUGUCAUGACCAAUAGCGAGAAGUGGGAGGCGGCCUGCGUGCGUGCGGGGCGGAGCAGCGGUGAUCUGGCACACCCCCUCGUCUACUGCCCUGAACUCCACUUCAGCGAGUUCACCUCCGCCGUCGCAGACAUGAAGAACUCUGUAGCAGACCGUGAGAAUGCUCAGAGUUCCUGUGCUGGCCUCUUCAUUGGUUCCCAUCUUGGGUUUGACUGGCCGGGAGUGUGGGUGCAUGUGGACAUCGCCUCCCCUGUCCAUGCUGGAGAGCGUGCCACAGGGUUUGGUGUUGCUCUGCUUCUGGCUCUGUUUGGCCAGGCUUCUGAGGACCCUGUGCUGAACCUCGUCUCACCACUGGGGGGCGGCACCAGUGCCUCAGACCAGAUGGAGCGUGACUGCAAGAGGAGGCGGCUGGUGUAGA